CCUAUAUUUCACUCACAAAACUUCCAUUCUUCCUUCCUUCCUUCAACCCCCCAAUGACCAUCUCUACUCCCUCCCUCUCUCUAUCUCUCUCUCUCAUACUCAAACACACCUCUCUCCUUUGUUCAUGCAAGAUCCAAAGAACUCACACACAAGGAAGCCUUGGUACCAAAGAGCAAUAGAGGUGGCAACAUCAUGGAAACCCCUCCAAAAACAACUUCAAACUCCCACAAAGAACAGCAACCUCUGCCGAACAAUCUCAACACCGUCGCAGCACACCAACCCUACGAGGAAGCUAAGGAAAUGCACGUCGACGAGGGCGGCAACGGCAACGGCAACGUCGCUCACUCGUGUCUUCCUGUGUGCACCAAUCUCUUCCUACAUCGAGGUUUUUCAGGCCGACGUCGUCGUCCCUCCCAGGAGGAGCUACAGCUACCCGAGAUCGAGGGCCUUCACCGGCGCCCCAGCAGCAGCAGUGCAUGAUCAAAUCCGAACACAGAGCGCAAGAAUGAGCGUGGAAGGGAGGAAAAUAUUCCGGGGAAAAUCCCUGACGGACGACGUUCUGAUGAGGAGGUUUGUGGUGGAGGAAGAAGCGAUGAUGCAAGUGAGGAGGAGGAAUGAGAUGGAGAUCAUCAGGAGGAGAAGUGCAGUGAGGAAGAGGAAGAUUGGGCCAAGUCCUUUGAGUAGAAUGGUUUCGGCGGGGGAAGAAUUAUGAGUCAUUUUUUGGAUUGAUUAAUUAAUUCUUCCAAUUUUUAUGAAUUAGGGUUGUGAUGUUCCAAAUAUUAACUUGUAUCAAUGAAAUAUGUGUACCAUUUUGUCUCGUACUUGAAAAUGGGGUCAAAUCCAAGUUA